AUGUUGGUGAAAGAAUGGGUUGAUCAGAGGGAAAUUCUUGAACACUCUAGUGUUCAAGGGUUUUUAAGCCAAUGCGGAUGGAACUCAGUAAUGGAGAGUAUAUGUGCAAAUGUACCAAUUCUGGCAUGGCCGAUAAUGGCGGAGCAAUCGCUGAAUGCAAAGAUGGUAGUGGUGGAGAUUGGAAUUGGACUGAGGGUUGAGACUUCUAAUGGUUUUGUGAGCUGGGAGCAUUUGAAGAAAAUGGUGAAAGAUGAGAAAACAGAUGAAGAGAGGAGAAUUGAGAAGAAGAUUCAGGUUGAGGAGGCUGACCAAUAUGGUGAUGGAAUUGAAUCUCUCAUAAAUAGAGUCGAGAGCCUCUUGUCUGAAGGGAAACUCUGUGAAGCUGCAGAUGCUCUUGAAAUGGUGUUGAAGGCAGCCGGACAUUAG